AUGGAAAAGAAAAGUUGCGCCAAGUGCAGUCAAACAAUCAACGGCAUUGAUUUUAUCACCUGCCGUGGGUACUGCGGUCGCAUGUUUCAUAUGGCAUGUGCAGCAGGCCAGACGGGUGUAACACGUGCGCUCAUGAAUUAUUUCACGACGCAUAAGAGAAACUUAUUUUGGAUGUGUGACGACUGUGCCGAUUUAUUUCAAAACCCGCACCUUCGCUCCAUAACGAAGGUGGCGGAUGAGAAGUCUCCUCUUGUGUCUCUUACGGAAGCAAUCAACAACCUUCAGACGGAGAUCAAACACCUAUCGUCAAAGCCCGCACCCAAUCUAUCAUCGGCGGUUAAGCGUUGGCCAACAAUUGAACCAAUUCGAGCGGCGAAACGGCUUCGUGGUCCUGAUUUGGAUUAUAAAGUACCCGAAUGCAAGUCGGGUUCCAAACAAGUAGGGCAGAAUGUGACCUCUGUUCCUGUCAUUGAAAAGCCGACGACCAAAUUUUGGAUCUAUUUGUCCCGCAUACGACCAGAUGUAUCCAUUCAAGAUGUGCAGAAAAUGGUUCGAGCGAAUCUCGAGUUGUCUCAUGACCCGGAGGUUGUCAAACUGGUGGCAAAAGGAGUUGACACGAGCAAUAUGACGUACAUCUCUUUCAAAGUCGGCUUAGACCCAACCUUGAGAACCACCGCAUUGGACCCAUCCACUUGGCCAGAAGGUAUCAUGUUCCGCGAGUUCGAGGAACACACCAUUCAAAAUUUUCGGAAACCCUCCGUUAUUCAUCUGACGCCAACAUCAGUCGUACCACCGGACGUUCUAAUACAGCCAUAG